AUUAUCCUCUCCUUACAUGGUAAAACAUAAAUCUUGGCACUAGACGGAUGUUUACCCUUGGAACCCAUUCUUCCUUCGACUACCCUGGUCUCCAAUAUACUCGACCACAUCUCAAUGAUCCGUCCUUGUUCGGGAACAUGUUCCCUAGGUUCAACGAUCAAGAUGAUCAUGACCCUCAAGAAAAAGAAGUGGAUGUUGAGUUUACUCCCUAUAUAAGCGAAUUUGGCUUCAUGGAAUCAAGCCAAGCAGAACUACCUUGCACCGAAGCCAAAGGUAAGAUGAAGAAAAGGCGGUUAAAGGAGGAAACCCGAGAGGCGGAGUGGAGGCGAUAUAGAGGCGUUAGACGACGACCAUGGGGAAAGUUCACCGCGGAGAUAAGGAAUCCGGAGAAGAAAAAGGCCAGAUUAUGGCUUGGUACAUUUGAUACACCUGAGCAAGCUGCAUUGGCUUAUGAUAAAGCUGCUUUUAAGUUCCAUGGUUCACGAGCCAAGGUUAACUUCCCACUCUUGAUCGGCUGCGAUAACCCAACCAUUAUGAUAGAGCAUCCAACAACCACCACUAACAAGACAGUGAACAAGGGGAAAGGUGAUCAUGACUCACUUCAAGAUCUUCAACUGUAUACGUUUGCACCACCACCAGACACAACCUCAGGUGAUAAUGGUUCGUUAUGGUCCAUUUUCAUGCAAAACACGGUGCAGUUGCCAUCUGGAGUGGAGGAGGUGGGUAGUGACCGUGAUUCAAUGUUGGGUUUUCAAGAAAACACGGUUGCACCGGAGGAACUUCAGUUUCCUGUGAUGGAACCGCCUCCGGCAACCGCCACCGCAGUUAGAGCAACGGAGGUGGGAACUGAUCAUGACACGUUUUGGGAUCUUCAUAUCGAUACAUUGACAGAUGAUGAUUUCCUUUUUCUUUAGUGCUUUAAAUUUAGUAGGUUUUUUUCAUUGAAUAUCAAGAUUUGGUCAAGAAUCCAUGCAUGAUAUUAUUAGAACAUAUGUGUAGUGGUACACAUAAAUAAUGCCUCCAUUCAUGGGUAUUGUAUGAUACGUGUCAUUCCAGUCAGCAAAGAGGCAUUAUGGGUGUUUUUCACAAAUAGGCGUAG